AGUCCACCUCCGAUAUCCAUCUACCAUCCCGCCUUUACGAAGUUCCUCGAUCGUUUGAACAAAGAUAACGACGCUGCCCCCGAUGAACUGGUCUUCGCAGCAGAUCUCGUGGCGCGGGGCCGCAUGUACGGUUCAGAGGACCAUCAAGAGCUCCCCCAGAUCCUGGAAGUAGCGUUAUCUGGUGCCAAAGCCUGCACGAACCCAUUCACAAUUCCUACCGGCUUCUCACCGAUACCAACAAUCAUCCGCGCCAGGAGCGACGAUAGCUAUCUCGACCCAGUGUCUUUGGCUGAGUGCGAAUAUAUCGAUGCCUUCACUUCGCACGAGGCAUUUCAGGUGCGGCAGGCAUGCUGCUGCCCAGCACUGCUCAUCACCAUCGAUGGCGCGCGGAUUCAGGUGGCCGGCGCGGCGUUCGGAGACCACAUCAUCGUCCAGCCGCUCGCGGACGUUUCGCUAUUGCCCCUACCCACCAUUGACGGCACCACACCGAUGACACACGCCGUGAUCUACCGCGUCGCACGCCUGCUCCGCGCCCUGCGCGCCGCUCGCAUCGAGCUCGACAAGUACUACUCCGACAUCGCGUCGGCCAUUUCCGCGUGGCACCGCCCGCCCCCAGAGUUGAUCGGCCCCCACUGGACCGAGUUCGUCCACCCCGAGCACGGCAGAGUGACGCUCACGUACACGGGUCGCAUAGGCGCGUAUGACUUCCCGCACAAGGCGGUGUUCACCGCGCAGGCGACCGCGGCGGGCAUGCCCGCGGCCAGCGUGGUCGUCAAGUUCCCGCUGCAGUACGGCAAAUCGGGCCACGAGGCCCUCGCGCCCGAGUUCGCGCCGCGGCUGUGGCACUGCGCGCGGGAGCCCAGCGUGGGCGGACUCUGGGCCGUGGUGAUGGACUUCGUGCAGGGCUCGGCGGUCGCGGAGAGGGAGGUGCUCACGCCCGCGCAGGGCGAGGCGUUGGGUUCCGCGGUGGGGCGCCUUCACGCGCGCGGGCUGGUGUUCGGCGAUCUGAGGGAGGUCAACGUGCUCACGGUGGGCGAUGGCGUCAGGCUCAUCGACUUUGACUGGUGCGGGACGGUCGGGGAGGCGCGGUAUCCGCCUGCGAUCAAUAUGGAGCACAAGUGGCCCAUGGGCGUUCGGUGCGGCCAGUUCAUCGAGCAGUCGCAUGACCGGUUCUGGGUAAAGAAGAUGAGUGGGAUGUGGACCGGCGAUGUAGUGUAG